AUGGAGGCGACCGGUCCCUUCGCUUUCCUCGUGGACUACCAGGUCAUCACCCCCACCGGGGAUGAAGUGCUGUAUCAGCCCGCAUCUGUCAUCCAGUUCGGGCCGGCAAGCUGUGGGCUGGCGACCUUGACGGACCCGAGCCCCACUUCCCCGUUGUUCCAAACCAGGCUGCCAUUCCGAAAAAAUAACCAUCUCAUCAUCUACGAGCUUCCCACAUCCUGGUCCAAAGUAGGGAACGGCUCGCGCGGGCAGGAUGUGGACGUGGGGAUGUUCGCGGAUGUCCUGGCUCUCUUCGAUGUCGCGGCUUCCGGCAUGGGAAGCCAAGAUCUACACGCGCUGGAGGGCGGAUGUCUAAUUCGGCGCCAGGGAGACUGCGGCGGUUAUGGCUAA